AUGCCCGAGGCCAAUAAGAAGGCACUAUACCAAUGGUUUAACAGCCAGAUUUGGUCCACCAACGAGAACGAAGUGACGGCGGAGGUUGAACCCGAUAGCGAGAUUGGGACUGUUAUUGCGGGUUGGGCGGCUGCCAGUGAUGAGCAUGACGACGCCGGUAGUGACGGCGGCGAUUGGAACAUUGACGGUGGUAGUGGCAGCGGUAGCGGUAAUGACGGGGGUUCUUCUUAG